ACGAAUCGAUAUAUACGUACCCAGGGAGUGUAACCAUGGAAAUCUUGUAUCAGACAAAGACGAUGUUAUAUGCGUUUACGUUUCGUUUUAAUAAGUGGUCACCCGGAUGACACGCAAUACACAUUAAUCGUUGAAAAUGGAAAACAUUUAUCGUCUUAAAAAGAAUAUGGUUUAUCCUGAAAAAAUAAACUUAAAUGAACUCUCUAGAAAAACAUCCGCAUUUUCCACUACUUCCUGGUGUUCUGAACCUCUCGAUGACGGCAACACAGAUGAUAAUACUGAUUGCAACAAAGAGAAUGUCGAUGAUCUCAGUGUUCGAAGCGUUAAUGGUGGCAGUGAAAAGGAUAAUUCCGUAAACUCUAUCAAAUCUAACAAUUCUGUGAUUGCGAAUAAGCAAUUUAUUCGAGACCGAGUCAGAACCUUAAUUGAUGCUUUCACACAACGAACACGAUCAAUACGUGAGACGAUAGAGCUACCGGUAACCCCUUCAAUUAGUAGUCAAGAGGUCACUCCAGGCGUAGCGCGAGCAAAAGAAGAAGACACGGAUGAAAACAUGGAUUCAACAGCAGCACCUGAAGACCAACCAACCAACCAAGAGAGAACUAUAUAUGAAAGAUUUAAUAGUUUAUAUAAUAGUGCAACACUGGAUUCACAGGGAAAACCAUAUUUAAUUUGGAUGUGUGUCGCAGCGUCAGCUGUUAUGUACAAUCUAUGGGCAGUGCCGCUGAGAAGCACGUUUCCUUACCAAACACCAUCAAAUCGAAUAGUGUGGAUGUUUUUUGAUUAUCUUUCUGAUACAAUAUACCUUAUAGAUGUUCUCUUUAUUCAAACAAGGACAACGUAUGUUAGUCAAGGGUUUACAGUUUCGGAGUACAAGCUGACGAGAUUAAAUUAUUUUCGCAAGAUGUAUUUCAAGCUGGACGUUUUUUCUUUGAUACCAUUGGAUUUACUAUUCUUCUAUAUUGGCCCUGACCAUGCAAUUUUUAGGCUUCCCAGAAUUUUUAAAGUCCAUACAUUUUGGGCACUAAUCGAUUUUAUUGAUAAGUUAGUUGCAUCGCCCCAUAUCAUACGUCUUACCAGAACAUUACUGAAUAUGUUUUAUCUUAUCCAUCUAAACGCUUGUGCAUACUACGCAAUAUCCUUGUGGGAGGGCAUAGGAACUAAUGAUUUUGUUUAUGACGGGCAAGGAAAUGCUUAUAUUGUGUGUUUUUAUUUUGCGACUAAAACAGCAACGUCAAUUGGUAAAAAUCCUAAACCUACACAAGAAGUGGAAUACAUGUUCAUGACAUUCUCCUGGUUGUUGGGAGUAUUCGUUUUUGCUGUACUAAUUGGUCAAAUAAGAGACAUCAUCGCUACGGCUACUCAGUCCAAAACUGAAUACAGAAAGUUGGCCGAUGAAACUCUAGAGUACAUAAGACGUCUUAAUUUGCCGCAGGAGAUGCUAAAACGAGUCCAGGUGUGGUUUAAUUACACUUGGGAAACCCAGCGCACCUUAGACGAAAAUGUAAUAUUGGAUUUUUUGCCACAAAAAACUAAAGCGGAUCUCGCAAUGGACAUUCACAUUAAAACUUUAAGUAAAGUGAAGAUUUUUGCCGAUUGUGACGAAGCCUUGCUUCGUGAACUAGUUCUUCAGUUGAAAUCCGUCAUUUACCUUCCCGGAGACUUAAUCUGCAAAAAGGGGGAUAUUGGAAAAGAGAUGUAUAUAGUUCAAUCCGGUAAAGUUCAAGUGUUAGGACCAAUAGACAAUUUGGUCCUCGCUACUCUUUCAGAAGGCUGCGUCUUUGGGGAAAUAAGUUUACUGGGAAUAAAAGGAAUGAAUCGCCGUACUGCAGACAUUAGAUCUUACGGUUACUCCAAUCUCUUCGUUCUGAGCAAGUCAGAUUUACAAGAUGCGUUAAGAUACCACCCGGACGCGCAAAUGCUGCUUGUUGCAAAAGCUAAGGAACUUAUGAAGCAAAACGAAGAAAUGGAACGUAAAAACAAAGCCACGAUAGUUAUUAAAAAUCCGAGCGAAACGGAAUCCGAACCAAAAAUUAUUAAAACCGUUAUGCAAACAUUGCCAGCAAAUUCGAAUCUCAAUCACACGCUUACGAGUGGGUCGAAACGAAAAUCGUUGCCAGCAAACUCAAAUGUCAAUUGUACCAAUGGGCCGCAACGAAAAUCUUUGAGUAACUCGAAUAAAUUUCAGUCGCGAUACACUUCGCCAGCAAUCGCCGAAGACAAUCGCGAUUCUGACCAAACGUUUGAGACUAAAGUUACUGUUCAUAGAACUUCAAAUUAAACUAAUACCAUAGGUACUUGUGCAGACUGAUUAUCGAAGAUGGUCGGUCAGUUGUAUUUGAGGAACACUGUAUGUUAUCCACUUGAUACUUUGAAAAAUGCCAUUUCCAAACAAGUCAAUAUCCUCUUUUUUCGCGGCAAACGAUUUUUUCCAACGUACAAUUCAUCUAUGGAAUACAUAAAAUCGUUAGAGAAUUUAUAGCAUUUCUUAAAAUAACAUAUUGGAAGAAAAAAUGUUUUAAAAGCCACUCGUGAAUGUUGCCGCGUAACAUAACUGUAAAUGAUGAGUAACGGGCAAAUAUAGACAAUAGCAUCUAUCAAUUAGCGAAAACCCGUAGUAAAGUUUCAUUUAUUAUAUCUUUUGUAUGUGUCUUUGAUUCAAGAAUUACUACGAAAAGGUACAUUUCCAAAUUUUUAAGUGCUGAUAUCAGUACUCAAUAUUAUGCUAAAAUGUUCAAAAUGUUGAUGUACCUACUUUAUUUAUAAGAGGGCUGAGGGACAUACAUAAACAAAUUAUGUAUAAUGUACUAGUUAACGAGCUGUAUCUAUAUCAACUUCUAAUGAUUAUUUUUAUACUGUUUGUCAUGGACAACGUCCAAUGGAAAAGCCUUAUUAUCUGUAGGUAUUUUCUGAUAAAGCUACUACUAAGUAAUUAUAGACCGAGAGAUAACGACAGAUUUUGUGCGAUGAUUUUUAAACGUCUGUCACCGGAAUUUUCUCUCACAAGUUAGAAAUAGCAUAGCUUACACUAUGGAAAUAGCGUGUAAAUGUAUUACUCUCGCUAGGAAAGAUUGCCGGUCACAGCACACCUUAUGUUGAUCUAAAAUGCGAGCGACUUCCGGAAUAGGAUCGUGCCAGUGUUGAACAAAAAGUCUUUUCGGUCAACAUUGACACUAUACUAUCCCAGAAGUCGCUCGCAGCUUUGAAUAUAAAAUUAUUCAAAGCUCGCAGCUUAAGAAGAACAUACAUUGCAGACCGAGGUGUUCUGUGACCGGCAAUCAAAGUUUAUUAUAAUAAUAAUACAAGCUGUUUAUGC